AUGCGUAAUGAAGAAGAUGAAUGCGAUUCAUCAUGUGUAUAUACUGUUGCUAGUCAAUCUGAUGUAACUUCAUUUUUAUAUGCACAAGAAGCAAAAAUAACUGGUUUAAGUUCAACUUUAAGUGAUAACGAUGAUUAUGAUGAUGAAAGUUCUAUCGAUGGUAGUUUCUCAGCAAGAUUUAAUGAAAAUCAUUUAAAAUUAAAAAAAUCUUAUCUAAGUCAUUCAUGUUUUGCUUCAAUAUCAACUUCAACAUUAAAUAAAACAAACUCAGUCGAUGAUUUAACUGAAUUAAAAUGGUUAAAUUCAUUUAAAUUAAAAGAAUUUAAAGAUAAUAAAACUAAUAAUCAAGAAACAAAAGAAACAACAACAACAACUUAUCAAGUAAUAUCAAAUACUGAAGAUCAUAUAAGUAAAUUAAGUAAUGAAUUAAAAACUUAUCCUAAUAAUAAAGAUUCAAUAUCCUAUGGUGUUUUAAUUUUUCUUGCAUUAUAUUCUAAACGUAAUGAUAAACAAACACCAUGGUCAUUAACACUUAAACAAAUUUAUGAAUAUAUUCAAAUACAUAGUAAACAUACUGUAGAUAAACGUGGUUGGAAAAAUUUAUUAAAGCAAACAUUAAAUAUAAUUCCAUGUUUUAUUAAAACAAAACUUGAUUCAAAUAAAUCACGUUCAAUAUGGACAAUUGAUUCAUAUUAUCGACCAUUAUUAACAAAAGCUUAUUUAACAAAUUUAUCAUUACCAGUCAAUAAAAUAACAUCUACAAAUGAAAAUGAUGAGAAAGAAAUAUCUUUGAAUGUAAUUGAUUCUUCGAAAUCGAUGGUUAACAAUUUUCCACCAAAAGCAACAGUAAAAACAAAAGCACUUCCUCGUCUUUAUGAACGACUUUGUGAAGAAAAGUCAGAUAAGGCUGAUGAAGAUGAAACAGAAUCUAUGAAUACGAUUAAACAUCAACAACAUCUAAUUUCAGGUAAAAAGCGAUCACGUUCUGUUUCAUCUGCAGAUUAUUGGCGAGUUGUAAAAGAUAAUAAUAAAAACCGUCUUUCAUCUUCUUCACCAUGGUCAACAAAACUAAGCAAACGUCAUCGAAUAUCAAAUCGUCUUCAAUAUAAUACUGAACUAAAAACAUCAACAUCAAAUAAAGAAUCAACUAUUAUUACACCAUGUCCAAGUAUCGAUCAUAUGUAUUUAGAAAAACCAACCAAUAAAACCAAUAAUUUAUCAAUUGAUGAAGAUGAUGAAUGUGAUAGUAGUUCAUUCAUACAUCCGAAUUGUAAAUCAGCAACUGGAAUUCAAAACCGAAUAAGAAAUAAUUCCAUACACCGUCGAAAAUCUUCAUUACCAAGAAAACGUUUAUCUCUUAUUUUACCAACACGUCGAGCAAAUACACGUAUAAGUAGAAAAAUAAUUGAACAAGAUUUACAAUUAUUACGACAAGCAAAUCAUAAUAAUCAACAAUCAACUAAUAAUAAACUAAUCAUAAUAGAUACAUUAACUUCAACUGAUGAUAUACUUGAUCUAUCGUUAACCCGAUGA